UGCAGUGGAAGCACGGAGUCUUAACCACUGGAUGGCCAGGGAAGUCCCAACCACAAAAAAUUUUUAACGUCCCCCCCACCAAAUCAAGAAUUAUUCAUUAAUAUAAUCUAACACCCAGUCCAUAUUUAUUUUCUUCCCAAUGAUCUCAACAAUGUCUUUUUACUGUUGAUUUGAUUGAAUCAGGAUUCCCCAAAAGUUCAUGUUACAAAUGACUGUAAGAGCUCUCAGGUAUUUUUACACCAACCUGCUGUUCUGUUUUCAGUGGAAAUGCUAGAAAAAUGAGGAAGUUCUUACUUCCUGAAAGUCUCCCACCUCAUUUCCCUGAACCCUUUUCAAACAAAACAAAAACUAGCAUCUCCUUUUUUGGGUGUUUUUAAAUGACAAAAAGAAUUCACCCCUCACAGCAGCUUUGAAAUAAAUGGGUUCCUCAAACAACUUUCCAACUCCAACCAUCACCCAAGUGGAGAAGAAAGGCAGGCCAUGCUUUAGUUCUGGUUUUGGAGGGUAAAAAUUUCCAAGGAACUUUGCUCUUUGCAGACAGAUUUUUUUAUGCCCUCCCACCUGCUUUUCGAAAUCCACCAACCACAAAAUUUACUCCAUCCACUUUUUUCUCUCUCCCUUCCACACUCCCUCUCUCUUUUUAGCAGCAACAUACAAGCCGGCCAUAUUAGAGAGAUGGAAAUAAAGCUUCCUUAAUGUUGUAUGUGUCUUUGAAGUACAUCUGUGCAUUUUUCUUUUAGCAUCUAACCAUUCCUCCCCUGUAGCCCUCGGCCCCUCAAAUCACCCUCUCCCUAUCCCACCCGACUAACAUCUCAGUCUCUGAAAAUGCACAAAGAUGCCUGGCUACCUCGCCCUGCCUUCAGUCUCACGGGGCUCAGUCUCUUUUUCUCUUUGGUGCCACCAGGGAGGAGCAUGGAAGUCACAGUACCUACCACCCUCAACGUCCUCAAUGGCUCUGAUGCCCGCCUGUCCUGCACCUUCAACUCCUGCUACACCGUGAACCACAAACAGUUCUCCCUGAACUGGACUUACCAGGAGUGUAGUAACUGCUCCGAGGAGAUGUUUCUCCAGUUCCGCAUGAAGAUCAUUAACCUGAAGCUGGAGCGGUUCCGAGACCGCGUGGAGUUCUCAGGGAACCCCAGCAAGUAUGACGUGUCAGUCACGCUGAGAAACGUGCAGCUGGAGGAUGAGGGCACCUACAACUGCUACAUCAUGAACCCACCCGACCGCCACCGCGGCCACGGCAAGAUCUACCUGCAAGUCCUCAUGGAAGAGCCCCCUGAGCGGGAUUCCACUGUGGCCGUGAUCGUGGGCGCCUCCGUCGGGGGCUUUCUGGCUGUGGUCAUCUUGGUGCUGAUGGUAGUAAAGUGUGUGAGGAGGAAAAAGGAGCAGAAACUGAGCACGGAUGACCUGAAGACGGAGGAGGAGGGCAAGACGGAUGGAGAGGGCAACGCGGACAAUGGCACCAAGUAACGGGCGGGCGGCCGGCCCUGCAGCCCCUCCCUUGCGUCCUGUCUCCCUUCCACUCUCCGCCCCGCACUGUGUGCCCCCGCCUGCCCUCUCUUGGUGUGCUUCUCUCGAACCAGGAUCCCAGGGCUGACCUGGGGCCUCCUGAACCCCUCCCUUCGUAUCCGCCACCCUGCACCAAGAGAGACUCACCUCUCUUUGAUUCGAGAAACCUGCCCUGGCGUCUGGGAUGUGUGGGCCCUGGGGGGAGGGAGAAGCAGGCUCAAAACUGCCAGCCUCUGAGAAGAGGCAGGAGGCCUGUGGGAGGGGCGCAGAGAGAGAAGGGGGAGGGUGGGCAGUGGAGGAGGAGGAGGCCAGCUGUCCAGUCUGCCCAGUGCGUGGACUGGUCUGGUGGCCGCUUCAGAGGGGACCUGCAGCUGGGAUGGGGCUUUGCUGGCUGCCUCUAGAAGGCCUGGGGUGUGGCAUGCCUCUGCUCCCAGAGCUGCCCCUAGCCCUGGGCAGCCUUGUCACGGGGGUGGUGAUGGGUUCCUAUAACUUGGGGGUGUGUUGAAGGGAUGACCGUGCGUUUCCUGGGCCUUGAAGGGAAGGAAGCUGGAGGCAGCUGGAGACAAGCCUUGGCCCAGGGAGCUCUGCUCUCACCUUUCUCCUUCGAUAGCUGCUACCACAGAAGCCUCUGGGUUUCUGUGGGCUUGCUUAAGCCCUUGGGAUUUUUGGCAGGAAAAGUACCAAAGGGCUGCUGAGCUAGGCCGUGGGGGGCGGAGAGUCGUGUUUCUCCAGGUGCUGGUCAUUUUUCACCGCAGUUACCCACUCACAGGAGGCAACUGCAAAGUUAGCUGAGGGACCAGGGGCUGCGGGCUCCGUUGUAAAAUGGAGUUCAAGGUUGACUGCCUCCUCCCCCAGGGUGGCCACCAUCACCUGGGCCAGGAGCAGCUGAGGUGCGGAGACAAGGAGAGAGGGGGUGGGAGCCACGUCAGAGGAGUAGGUGUGCAGAGCAGGGGCCUCGCUGGGGCUUCUGUUCAGACUUUCCCCGUUACCCUCAGCAGGGUUUCAUCUGGCUUUUGGCCCUGAGGGAAGCCUGAGGGGAGCCCUGUAGCCUCUGAGACCCUGUGGCCAUGUCACAUCUGGAGCCAUGUCACACCCUCCCCUGCCCCGACAGUUCUCUCUGCGGGGGAGGAAAGCAGCAUUUGUGGGGAGCCAACUUUCACUGCCAUUUUACUCACAUGAAGAGGGAAUUGCUCAAGCCUCAGGAGCGGGAGAGAGACAGAGAGAAACUGCCUUGGAAGAUCCUCAGAGAUCAGCUAGCCAAGUCACCCAUACUACAGACUGGGAGACUGAGGUUCAAACUCACAACCGAGGGGCCUGCUUCUCCUCUGGUUCCUCAGUCUCCAGGUUGGAUGAAUAGAGCCACGCUUUGCCCAGUGGGAGGGGCCUCUGCAGACAGAGAGAUGAAGGAGAUGAGGGGAGGGAGGUGAGCUCCUCCAGCCCUGCUCACCUCCCUGGAGCCCAGCCCCUCCAGGCUGUGACUGAGGCAGGGAUGGGGUGAUGGGAGUGGGAGGGUAGAGCUGCUGGAAUGCCCCACGCCCACCCCAGGCUGACCCUCUGCAGCACUUCCCAGCCUUUCUCAGAGCUCAGGCCCUGCCUGGGCUCAGGGGGUCAGAGCCCAGGGCAGGAGUCUGGGGAAAGGGGGUAGAGAUGGGACUCUGACAGCUUCCGGGACCCCUCUCUGCCUCUGCCCAGCAGAUGGCCUUUUUGGGGAGAGAGUAAUAGCAUAUGGGCGAUUCAGUUUAAUUCACUUCAAUUCAACACCCAUUUAUUGAGAUCUCCUGUGUGCCAGGCACUGGGCCAGGUACUGGAGAUGUACACAAAGCCAUAACAGAGCUGGGAACUGCUAGGUCAGCACUGUGGGGACCAAGAUUAAUUUUCUUUUGGUGCAUCUAAUUCCACCUCUGCAGCCACUGCUUCCAGGGCUGGAGUAGGAGAAAAAGGAAGAGAUUCCAGAAUCUGGGCCCUGGGAAGGGGGGAAAGGAAGGAAAGAGGGAAGAUGCAAUAAGGAAGAGGGUGAGAGGCCGGACAGAGUGGAGGGUGGGCAAUCAGCCUGAGAGCUCCUGGGUGGGAUGAGUCCAGCUCACCUGGAAAUUCUAGCUCAUCAGUACCUAACUGCCAAUCAACACACUGCCAAUGGGGGUGGGCUAAGCCCCCAGGAUGCCUGGGGUAGGUGGACAUUGCCCAUCCUUGGAGCCAACCAGCUGAGAGGGGAGAGAUGGGUAGUGGGCACCCUCGUUCCAGCUGAGACCAAGCGUGGUUGUAAUCACAUGUCUGCAGCUUGCAGGUUUCACUUUUUGGCAACUUCUUAAGUGCUCUCCUCUUCCGGGAUGAGUGAGGAUCUGUGUGGAUGCUGGGAACUUUUCUUUUUCCAGGACUCAUAACAUUUAGGGAAAUUGUUUGCAAGAUUCCCUAGGUUUAUUCUAAGAAGUCCUAACUCUCUAUUAAGAAGCCCAAGA